CAGACCUCGGACCUUUUCUCACAUCAAUGCGUCCGACCCAUUGACCAUCUCCCUCCUCCGACUUCUCUCUCUACCAGAGAGAGAUAUAGAGAGGGAGAGAGAGGACGGCCGUCACGAAACUCCCUUCCCUCACCAUGCCAUCGAAGCCCAUCAACACCUACACCGUCGCUCUCAUGCUGUCCUUCACCAUCCUCGUCCUCUUCCUCUCGGGCUUCCUCGAAUUCCCUUCCCUCGCCACCUCCGUCCGCUCUGCUCGCGGGCCGGGGAUCUCCGACGCCGCUGCCGCCCCCGAUCCGUUCACCGAUCUGGUGGGCGCGUUCAAGAAAUGGGACUCUCGAGUGGGUUGUGCCCGGUUCAGGGAAAGGCACGGAGGGCAAUUGGGAAAUGGGUUCAAUAGGUCGGCCUCUCCUUCGUCUUCUCUCCAAGUGGGUGGCGAUGGCGAAUCGGAGUGUCGCGAGCUGCAGCUGAGUCACGUCAGUGUGCUGGUCAAAGGGUGGACUUGGAUCCCCGACAAUUUGGACAAUCUGUACCCGUGCCGGUGUGGGUUGAGCUGCUUGUGGACUAAAUCUCCGGUUCUUGCGGACAAGCCCGACGCGUUGCUGUUUGAGACCUCGACGCCUCCGCUUCUGGUAUAUUGUAAGUGGAACAUUCUGGGGAGCGCUUGUCAAAGUGCAACCUCCCUUCCUUUAAAUAAAUGGAAGACUCUCUCCCAUGCUAUCCUUUUGAGGCGCAAUGGGGAUCCACUACGUGUAUACAUGGAUCUGGAGGCUGGCCGAAGGAGAUCAGGCCGAGAAGAUGUAUUCAUCAGUUACCAUGCAAAAGAUGAUGUCCAGUCAACCUAUGCUGGAUCACUUUUCCACAAUGGUCGAAAUUACCACGUGUCUUCUUUUAAGGACAAUGAGACGCUGAUUUAUUGGUCUUCCUCUCGUUGCCUUCCUCAAAGGAAUGAACUCGCAAAAAAGCUCCUCAAAUUGCUGCCUCACCAUUCAUUUGGCAAGUGCUUAAAUAAUGUCGGCGGUCGCGACAAGGCACUUUCUUUCUAUCCUGAGUGUGCCAACGAUGCCAGUGUCACUCCAAAAUGGUGGGACCAUUUACACUGCACCAUGUCUCAUUAUAAGUUUGUUCUUGCAAUCGAGAACACUUGGACGGAAAGUUACGUGACAGAGAAGCUAUUUUAUGCCCUGGAUUCCGGGGCGAUCCCCAUCUAUUUUGGUGCCCCCAAUGUCAUGGACUUUGUCCCUCCGCAUUCAAUCAUAGAUGGGAGCAAGUUUAGCUCCAUGGAGGAAUUGGCAACUUUCGUGAAGUCUCUCGCGAAUGAUCCAGUGGCAUACGCCGAAUACCAUGCAUGGAGAAGAUGUGGUGUACUAGGUAAUUAUGGAAGCACACGAGCGACAAGCCUCGACACCUUGCCGUGCCGGUUAUGUGAGUUCAUUAGCAAGAAAGGUGGGAGAAAUGCGCGAGCUUUAUAAAGAGUUGAUUCUUUUUUUUGUUUCCUUUUCAUCUGAUUGAUGCGCGGUGUUAUAUGAGUCUAGUCCAUGGCCAUUAACAUAUAUAUAGAGAAAGAGAUGGAUACGAGGAGAUGGUAGAUUAGACAUUGAUGUAAGCAUGCCACUAACAAAAUCAUCAUAUUAAUGAAUACGAAGUCAUCCUGAUCUUCGGGUUUGGACUUCUCUCCGAUUUUGUGAAGCGAAGGCAGAUUGGUGUUCGGUUGU